UUCCCACCUAGUUAUGGCAAUACCGUUGCCAGCGUCUUGUAAGUAUCGAUAUAUAUGAAUAUUUUUGGCAAAGAAUAAUCAACCAUAUCUGAGCGUGCAAUAUAAUUGACCUAUUUUUAUGUCGCACUAACCUGUAAGUAUAAAAUAUCCACUGACCAAUGCCGGAAGAGCAGCCAUUCACCAAUCAAAGGGGACUUAUAACAGCGUGAGAACCAAUGAGAUUACUCAUUUGUGGUGAGGCAACAAGGCGGGAAUUCAUAUUCCACUCGACAGCUCAAGACUAAGCAGCGGGUACAGUACAGAAAGCCUAUUAUUAAAGUAUUCCAGCGGUUAACAUAUUCAAAUUGCCUCGGGUGUUAAUCGAUGCACAAAGCGAUUACAUUAAAUGGAAGCGUCCGCAGACAUGAACUCUAACGUUACGCCUGCAGUCGAUGACAGCCGCUUCAAACGUACGCCACAACAAAGGGGCGUGUCUUCUAGAAGAAGACUCUCAGAUUCUGGGUGUACCUCCAUCAGGUUAAAUUCGGGUUUCAAAUCUCCAGUUCAGAGCAGCACAGUGACAUCUGCCUUCCACCCAGAGGAUGAGGCCAAAGAGCUCAGACAGACACUCCAUCAACUUGAUUCAGAAAUCUCUCUGCUGGAUAAAGAUGGAUUUGUUGAAGAGGAGUUGGAUAAGCACAUAGAUUUGCUGCAUGAAUACAAUGAUAUUAAAGACAUCACACAAACUCUGCUGGGCAGAUUGGCUGGCCUGCGUGGAGUGACCACAAGAGACUUGUACAAUGACUUCGGCCUUGAAUUAGACGAUUGAGUUGCCUUUCAAGUUUGAAGAAUGCAUCUUUAAAUUCUGUCAUAUCAAUGAUUGUAAGGAAUGUCAGUGUUCCAUAAUGGUUUUUGAGUGCAAUAGUCAUAUUUAUAACAAAUAAACAAGUUGAUGUUCUUGA